AUGAUCUCGCGGAUAGUGUUGUGCGUGUCCCUGUUGAAUUUCUGGACAGUCUCGCCUUCCCCGAAAUCAGGAAUUUACGUGGACAAUGGCCACGACCAGACGGCCGUGGAGCGGCUGCUGAGCCCGGACGAGACGCGAGCGAUGGAGCUGCAGAUCCUCAAUUUGCUGGGGCUGCCCGACAGGCCCAGGCGCGCUGAUAGGAGCCCGCUGCGCAAGUCGGCGCCUAGGUUCCUGCUGGAUAUCUACAGGAACCUGGCCGAGCACGAGGAGGACGAGGACGGACCGAGAUUGCGGAGGGGUGCGGACGUUUAUUUUAGCGGGGAGGAGCAGCAUCAGAUAGACGAGAAACAUCAUGUAGCCAGUGUCAGGCAUGAAAGAGGAAAAAGGCUAUGGUUCAAUGUUUCUGAUGUUCCAGAGGCCGAAGAUAUUGUAGGCGCAGAAUUGAGAAUUUACAAAAACACAGGAAAAUCAUCCUUGAAAAAUCCAGAUGCCAAGUAUACCAUUACUGUGUACCAACUUAUAAAAACAGAGGACGGGGAGAGGGAACUAGAAUAUAUUUCUGCACAAAAUACUAGUGCUGGAUUUUCUGGAUGGAUCAGCCUCAACAUGACAGGGUGUUUAGCAAAUUGGGUGGCUUUGCCAGACUCCAACAAGGGAGUGUACUUAUCAGUUCAUCCUUCAGAAAAACCAGGUCACGAACUAAGACCCGAAGAUUUAGGACUAGUGACUACAAAAGGCGAAGAUGAAAUUCAACCAUUUAUGGUCGCUUUCCUGAAAGCAGUUAAUCAUGUGAAACCCAGAGAAUCAACAAGAGAAGAUUGGAUCAUCGCCCCUGAAGGUUACGCAGCAUACUACUGCAAGGGCGAAUGCAACUUUCCCCUCAAUGCGCACAUGAACGCCACGAACCACGCCAUCGUCCAGACCUUGGUGCAAUUGAUGUACCCCUGGAAAUUCCCCAAACCCUGCUCCGACUUUGUUACCGUCUUUUCCACACCCCGAACGGGCAUCUACCUCGACAAUGGGUUCGAUCAGACGGCAAUCGACAGGAUGAUGACCGGGGACGAGAAAAAAGAGAUGGAGCUGGAGAUCUUGAGCUUGCUGGGGCUGCCGAACAGACCGAGAAAAAUCGAGAAGAGCCCAUUGCGGAAAUCGGCGCCCAGGUUCCUGCUGGACGUUUACGAGUCCCUGUUGGAAGAGGAGGUCGAUGAGGGUGUUGUUCAUCACGUGUCUACCGUGAGACACGAAAGAGGAAAAAGGCUGUGGUUCAAUAUUUCUGAUGUUCCAAUAGCUGAAGAUAUAGUUGGCGCGGAACUGAGAAUUUUCAAGCAUAAGAGAAAACUCGCCAAAAAUCCCGAUGCAAGAUUCACAAUUACAGUUUAUCAGUUGAUAAAUACAGAUGAGGGGUGA